UACAAUAUAGUCGAAGAGCGGCCAUAAGUCCAACCCUGAGUGUGAUUGGUUCUGUUCCCCUCCACUGAAAGUUUAAAUCAGAGACGCUGCGGCCUUUCAAACAACAUGUCUGCAAUAAUUCGGAAGAUUAUCAACACUGCUGCUGCUCCAGCUGCAAUCGGACCUUACAGCCAGGCCGUGGUGGUGGAUCGCACUAUGUACAUCUCUGGGCAGCUGGGAAUGGACGCAGCAACGGGUCAGCUAGUCGCAGGGGGUGUCCAGGCCCAGGCCAAACAGGCCCUUAUUAACAUGGGGGAGAUUCUGAAAGCAGCUGGAUGUGGAUAUGAAAAUGUUGUUAAGACAACUGUACUGUUGGCAGACAUGAAUGACUUCAACAAUGUCAAUGAUGUUUAUAAGCAAUUCUUCAGCAGAAACUUCCCAGCUAGAGCUGCUUAUCAAGUUGCUGCCCUGCCCCGAGGUGGCCUUGUUGAGAUUGAGGCAGUCGCUGUGUUGGGAUCCAUAACAGACUCCUCCUGACUGACCGCCACAAACAUGCACAAGUUGUAAAGCCAGGAUACGACUGAAACCAGAUCACAGCCAGCCUUCAUCCUAACAGGCCUUUCUGGUUUCUACACAGCAAUAUUCCACUGACUGUUUUAAUUGUGCGCUUGAAGUGCUGUUGAUUCUCCCCCUUUCUGUACUUUCCAUGAUUUAACUGUGCAUCAACUUUAUCUAUUCCAUAAUACAGGUCUAGUUCUAAUUAGAUUUUUUUUUUUUACAAUACAGAAUUACUGCCUUGCUAAAUUUCUUUUAAAUCAACACUUGACUGAUCUGUAUUUGUUUCUCACACUACAGUACUAAUAAUACAAAUGAAUACAACCCCA